AUGGAGGAAUUUCUGAAACUUCCCCAAAACUUGCAAACACAGGAAAACCUUGAUCGCUUACUGGACGCAGAAGCGAAAAAAAGAGAGCUUGAACAAAAAAGAUUGGAGGUAGAGGAACUUCGCCUCAAGCAAACAGUCUUUCUAAGUCAGGAUCAGGUCUUAUCAUGUAUUCCACCUGACCUUGAAUAUUCCAACGAACGAAAUUCCAGUAGAUCAACGACACAGGGGGAAUCCACAGCACCUUCGGAAUUGGUUUUGUGGGAGGGAUUUUUCGAUGAAGUGGCUUCAUGUUCCUUUGGACAACAACAAAAAUAUAGUCAGCCGAAUUUCCGCAAACACGAGAAUGUUGCUAAUGAAGAAUCAGUUCGGAUAGCCAUGUACACUAACAUCUUUGACGUUUUGAAUACAGUAAUGAAGGAUGAGGGAAUCAUGUUCACAAACCAGCGUCUCGAUAGCAUGCUUGGGGUGCCAGACUUCAUUGGUAGAAAAGAAAAUCAACUCAUACUGACAAUAGAAGUCAAAAAAGAAUGGGUUUUGUCUCUUGGUGAUCUAACAUUUCCUGAUUACUAUGCUGUUGAUGCUAAAGCACGAACAGUUAUAUCACAAGCAUAUACAUAUAUGGCUAGUAACAUGCUUCAGUACGGCGUAUUAACAACAUAUCAUCAGCACUGGUUUCUAAAGCGACCAGAAGACAAACGUACGACAUUAUAUAUUUCGAAAACGCUCAGUCUUCAAUCUGAAACCCCUACAGUGCUAAAAGCAUAUGCGUACCUUGCAAAACGGGCAAAAGAACAACCUUUCUGUGAACAUCCUGAUAUCACCAUCGGGGUGCCGAAUGAAAAUUCUCAAUUGGAAUCUCCACAAAGAUAUUCGUUUCGUGCACGUAAGAAACCAGACAAUUCUAACAGAGCUCCACAAGAAAGAACGGAACUGCCAGGCUCAGGAAACUUUCAAUUUGACAAUUUCGUUGGGACAUAUCUGGGUUAUGGCAGGUGCGGAACUACAUUCAGAUGUAAAUAUAACGGGCAAGAUAUAGCGCUAAAACUUACUGAUUUGUCAAAAAAGAAAUUUCUUUUGCCCGAACUGUUAAAGGAAAUAGAAAUCUAUCACUUUCUCGCAGAUAUUCAAGGGUUGUUCAUACCCAAAUUAGUAGGAUAUGGGUAUAUGUGGGGUAAGAUGUAUUUCGCUAUUGCAACAACCAUUGUCGGCAAAUCAUUGGAAAGCGGUAUAAAAAUUACCAGAAAACAGGAACGGAACGCUUAUAAUGCUUUAAUUGAAAUACACAGACACAACGUUCUCCAUAACGAUAUCCGAAAGGAAAACGUCAUCCUUAGCAACGACGGGAAGAGUGUUUUUAUUAUUGACUUCGGAUUAUCAACUAUCGAUAAUAAUAAGGUAAAACAACAAAAAGAGAUGGAUCAGUUGUCCUGCUUGUUAAAAGAGAUGGUGGCAUAA